AUGGAUGGAACUUUGCAAGUAUUCGAUAGAGUUCUAUCCUUCGUCGGAAUUUCCAUUUUCGCGAAAGGAAACUGGCACUCUAAGGGAUGGAUGAUAAUCCAGAUUUUCAACUUCUUUCUCGGUUUCCUAACUUUUAUUUUCAGCUCCGGUUUUGUUAUAUCCAACAUGUCUGAUUUACUAUUGUGCAUUCAAGGCGCUAGUGUUUGGACGACAGGAGUUAUCAUGUGUAUUUCAUUAGCCAUAUGUCUGAUCCAUAAAAAAGACUUCGAAAAAUUUGUGGAAGAAAUGGCAUUCAGGGAUCCGGCUUUAAGUAUGCCGAUAGUCCAAUUUGCUUUAAAGUGUGAUAAGCAAGAAGGGAAAAUAAAGGAGCUGAAAACAAUUGUAGAAGACUCUCAUAGCCAAUUGUUUGAUAUGACCAGAAUUUUGCUACUUACAUACGUGGCUAGUGUUUGGUUUUGUGUAACGUUGUAUAUAUCUGGGCCGAUAUAUCAGAUGAUUGUUAGUGUUGAUGAGUCGCAGCGUUCAUUGGCAUUUGACAUGUGGUUUCCUUGGAGCCUGGACAACAUGGCUGUAUAUAUACCAUCGUUUGUGUUCCACGCGUACGCUGCCUAUAUGUGUUGUAUUGUAUAUCCGGGCCUUCAAUCUACAAUAAUACUUCUCGUCGGACAAACAAUACGACAACUAAAGAUCAUAACAUUUAUAUUGUUAAAUCUUCAAUAUAUUGUGUUGGAAAUAAAUGGGGGAAAGGACAAAAAUUGGCAAUUGGCUAGUACGACGCUUUUGUCGCAAUGUAUCCAACAUUAUAUCAAAGUUAAAGGAUUCUCAAAUCGUCUCAUUCGAAUUUGCCAGCCAUUCUAUUUGACGUUGAUUCUCGUAGCAACUAUGCUUGUAUGCGUCUGCUCAGUAAAAAUUGCAGUUUCGGAUAAAUUUUCUGUCGAUAUUGUGAAGUAUUACGUACAUGAAUUGUGUUUCAUAUUGGUUGUAUUUAUGUUUUGUUAUUUGGGACAGCAAGUCGAAAACCAGUGCGAAUAUUUAGAAAGAGUUGUGCUGGAGAGUUGGUAUAUUUACGACAAAAAGCACAUAAAACAUGUGCUUAUUUUCAAAAUGGCACUUGAUCAAAGGAUGCCAAUAUAUAUUUUUGGAACUAUAACGCUCUCGCUGCCAACAUUUACUUGGUUUAUUAAAAAUGGAAUGUCAUUCUUCACUCUGGUAAUGUCUGUAUUAGAACGGAGAAAUUAA